AUGGAUAACAACACUGUACACAUAAUGGCCUAUGCUAAUAAUGCUACAAUAACAACAAGAUUAUUAAAAUGUGAUCAAACAUUAAAUUUAACUGAAAUAAUACAAAAUCUUUAUAAUUUAUAUGAAAAUAUCAAUUCAAAUAUAUUUCAUAAUAUUUCAAUAAUUCAUUUCGACUGUAAUACGAUAUCAAAUAAAUAUUUCGAACAAAUUAUAACUUUUACAAAAUCAAUAUCAAUUCGUAUUCAAAUAGCAUUCGCUUCAGCGUAUUUUGAUUAUAUUGCUACUAAUCAAUAUUUACUAAAUGGAUUUUAUAUUGAACAAAAAGUACCAUUUAAUCUUUCAUCAAUUACAUUAAAUUACACUGCUAAAUCUGAUGCUUGUUCGAGUGGUGAAAGAGCUCAAGAUCCAUUAUGUUCAUUAAAUAAUUCAAUAUCUCAAUGUAUUAAUUUUUUUUCCAAUCCCUGGAUUUUCAAUUGCAGUAUAUAUUCUACACAAUCUAUGAAUUCUUCAACAUUAAUUAUGCAUAAUAAUACAUUAAUAUCAACAUUAAUAGCAUCAGUUUUAAAUUCAUGGAAAUUUGGUCUUAUAUGUGCUUUAAGUAUUUUAUUUUUCUUAAUCUUACUUUGUCUUCCAAUUGUAUAUUUUUAUCGACGUUAUUCACGUACGAAACAUAUUGCUUUAUCAUGUGAAUAUCUCUUUGAUGGUAAAAGAGCAAUGGAAAUAAGUGAAAUACCAGGUAGUCAUUUAUUUCAACAUAGUGAUAGAAUUGUAGAACCAAGACAAAGUAAUAAUACGACUAUUUCUUGGAUACAUGAUGGUAAUACGAAAGAAAAUUAUAUUAAUUUUAAACUAUCGAAACCUUAUAGGCAGGAAACCUGUUUUGAUCAUACGACAGUUCAUGAUUUAUUUUUUCUUGGAAAAUCUGAUAUGCAUAAUGAUCAUACUAAUGUAUUAAUAGAUGAAAAUAUUCCUCGAUCUAUAUGUAAAACAUCAAUGAAUCAAUUGAAACUGAGUACUGUUUUCACACAAAAAGAUGAAUUGAACGAACAUAUAUUUGAUAAAACAGAUAGAAUUACACUAGAUCAAUCAAAUUUAAUGAAUCAAAAAGAACUAAAUGAAUCAGAAAUGACACAAUAUAUAAAUAUGUCUUUUACUGAUGAAAUAUUACAAGAUGAAGAUGCUUGGAUGUCUAUAUUAGCUGUAGCUAAUGCUGAACUUGAUUUACUCAAUCGAUUGGAAAAUGAACAGAAUCUAACGAUAACUAUUAAUUGA